AAAUGUUUCUGCGAAUCAGGUAACCAACAACACUUCUUAAAUUCUUUCUUUCGUGGGAUUUAGCAAAGUGCUAGUGAAUAAUAUGUAUAAAUAUUUAGUAAAUAUGCGCGAAACAAGUGAAGCAGCAAUAUUAACUAUAGACCCAGAGCAAGAAAAUUUUGACAAUAAAACCAACACUAAAGGCACUAGUUUCUUUAAAAUUGUCAGAAAAUUGGCGUCUGCUUGCAACGAGAGAAAAAUCAACUUUAAACAAAUUAAAGCACUGAAAGAAAAGCAUGAAUUUCUCCGGGAGUUAGAAAUUUUGAAGACAUUGGAUGAUGACAGUAGUCAAACUCGUUAUGUCUCACCAGAAUCUAAGAUUUCUUUCAAAGAGGACUUGUUAACAGAAGUAUUAGAUAUGUUUUGUCAAAAAUGUGGGGACGACAAAAUAGAUUUAUGGUUUUUUGCUUCUGCAACAUGUAAUGUAAAAAUAUUAGAGGAAACUGCCAAAGAUUACGAUGGAACACUCCUUUGCAAACCACGAUGUUGCGAUUCGGCUCUAGUUUUCUUAUUGAAGUAUGGAAACAUUCACAACGAAGGUUUUUUAGAGUGCGUAAAUAUUUUACUCACGGCUGGAAUAAGCGUAAAUGAACCCGAUUUUAAUGGACGAACUGCCGUCGAUAUCGUUUGUAGCUUAUAUGAAAAUGAAAAAAACAAAGACAUCCUGGAAAAACUAAAAAAACUGGUGUUCAAGUUUCUCGAACAAAAUGUGUGUCACCACCUGUUAGAGAAGAAAACAAAAAUAAUUCUUCAAAAUUUACAAGAAGAAAAUAAAAACUUGCCAUCUCAAACACAAGAACAACAUAAAUCUGAAGAAGCAAACAAACUUCAAUUAUUUGCGUGGAUAGGUAAAGAACGAACGCAGGAAUUCCUCGGUUUUAGAGAAAUACGCAAUUUUAUCAACUGUGAUAACGGUGAAUACACUUUGUUGCAAUUUGCAUGCAAAAAAUCAGAAAGAAUGCAUCCAGUCGUCAAAUUCUUAAUAGACAACGGUGUGAAUAUCAACAAUGUGACAGAAAUUUACAAAAUCACCCCUCUGGAACUUGCAGCCAAGAACAAUCACGAAAAAAGUUUCCAAAUCAUACUUAAGAACAAGAAUCUUAAUAUUACACAAGAAAUAUUCAACAAUUUUGUCAGGUGGCGUUCCAGUCCUAUGAAAUUAAAAAUUUUUGAAAUGUUUUUAGAAUCUGAUAAACUGGAUCCUUGUUUCACCUACGAAACAACUGGAAACACUCCUUUGCACUACGCAACACGUUUUUGUCACAAAGACGCAAUGCGAAAGUUACUGAAACGUUCUCCGCAAACGCUGUUUGUUGAAAACAAAAACGGAAAAACUGUUCUCGAUAUAAUCGAUAUUCAAGAGGUUGAAAAAUAUUUUGAUUCUUGUUUGGUUUCGGACAGAUAUGCGACGGAUUUUAGUUCCACUGACUACAAAAUGCUCUUUCGCUUUAAGUCACUAGUAACAAUUAAUAAUAAUGGUGAAUAUGAUGAAGAAUCAGUUGUUGCGAAAGUUGUAGAACGCAACCACUUAGAACAAUUGUUAACGCAUCCUCUGCUACACACUUUCAUUAUUUUAAAGUGGUCUAGGACCGUCUGGUACUACUGGAUGAUUCUGCUUUUACAAGGUUUUCUGUUUAUUGCUUUAAGUGUUUGUAUUUAUAGAUUAUCGGACUGUUCUCCAGCUGAGUUCAAGUGGCUCAUUUUCUUAACAUUUAUUAAUUUGUUUUUAAAGUUAGCCGUCGUGCUCAAACCCAGAUUUUGGGCUUUAGACAAUCUAAGAAUGCCAACACUGUAUGAAUGUGGCGAAGUUUUACUAAUGUUGACUCUUUUUGUAAGUUUCUUUUCUGCUGAGUGGAGAGCAUUUGCUUUCAUAGAAAUGUCACUUUUAUUUUUACUGACCGUUGGCUACCAUCCAAAAAUCGCCAAGUGGACUGUUAUGCUAAAAAGAGUUUUUAAAAGUUUUACUGUACUGAUGGUGUUUUUCUCUAUAAUAAUCAUAGCUUUUGCUGCUGCUUUUCACACGCUUUUCAAAAACACUAACCACGAUUUUUUCGAUUCUAUUGGUAAAUCGAUUUUCUUGAUUUACGUGAUGAUAUCAGGCGAAUUUAACAUCGAAAAUGUUAAAUUCGGGCGGGCGCAUAUUGGAGGUUAUAUUCUGUUUUUCAUUUUUGCAAUUUUUGUGGCCUUGGUUAUAGUGAAUUUUUGGACUGGCGUGGCUGUCACGGAUAUUGAAACUAUACAGAAAGAUGCCGAAAUUAACGCCUUUAAAAAUGUUAUAACGUUUAUGAUGUUCGUUCAAAGAAAUAUUUAUGUGAAUAAGUCUAUACGGAAAUUUUUACCUUAUCCUUUUUUAUUCACUGAAACUGAGCACAGAAAUUACCAAGUCGAUUUCUAUAUAAAUAAGAAAAAUCAGUUUGAAGGAAGAGAUAAUUUUCCUGCAAGUAUAGGGCAAAAUUCUUUAGAGAAAAUUAAGAACUUUAAUUCGAAACACCAGAAUGAAUUAGAUGGGGCAAACAUUUUAUUGAAGUUAGAAGAGAUAUCGAAGAUUCUAAACGAACUAAAGAACACUGCACAUAGAAAUGGGAACUACAGUAUAAACGUAAAAAACUCAACUGCACAAAAUGAUAAAAACAGAAAUCGGCAAAAGGAAAAAGUGGUUGAUGGGGUACAUGGAAAUGGUAAACAAUGAGCCUAUAAUUUUAUUUAUAUUUUUAGUUUCAUCCAGAUAUUGUUAUAAUUGUUUAUUCAUUUCUUGAAACAUCUAUAAUUAGUAAUUAUUGUGUAGUAUGUCUAAGUUUUUAAAAUUGUUUGCUAUGUUAUGUUUAAGAGUAAAUCAAAAGAGUGAAAGUAACCAGUCACCCGAUAGACUAGAUUACAAUAUUUCCUAAGCUAACCCAGUGGAUAACAUUGGCCAAAUCUUGAAGGAAGAUAAUAAUCGUAGUAUUUAUUUUUAGCAAAACGAUCCCAGUUUGUCGAACUACGAAGAUUAAAUUCGAUUAACGGCAAGUACCAUGACAACAUAUUAUUUAUUUUUAAAAUAAAUAUAGUAGUUCUUAUCUUUUUAAGAUAACGGUUAAGCAAAUUUGUUCGCAAUACGACCAAUAAAAAAAAUUUUUGAACUAAUUUCGACAAAACAGGUUAUUAUUAAGUAAAUAAUGAAUUUUAACCAAAAUUUUGUGUUAAAAUAACAAAAAUGUCUACAACAGAAUUAAGCACAAUAAAACUUUUAAUUGGU